AUGGUUGCGGCUAUGCAAGUAAUAGCCGAGGCAUUAGGGAAUCAGAUGAAUAACGAGAAUCAGAACAAUGGUGAAGUGGGACCAAUGAUGCUUGCCUCUUUUCUGAAAGUGCACCCUCUGACCUUCAGGGGGACCACAAAUCCUACUGAAGUCCAUAAUUGGCUACAGGCAAUGGAGCGGGUUCUACAAGCUCAACAGGUUCCUGAGAAACAGUGGGUUGAGUUCGGGACCUACGAGUUACAGGUUAAUGCCCAGUACUGGUGGCCGGGAACGAGGCGUAUCUUUCAACCAGAUCGUGCUGUGAUACAUUGGAAGGUGUUUCAAAUGGAGUUCUACAGGAAAUAUUUCCCUAGCUCAGUAAAAAAUGUUAAGGAGCUUGAGUUGUUGCAGUUAAAGCAUCGUCAGACGACUGUCGCAGAGUACACAGAUAAAUUUGAAGAGUUGUGCCGGUUUUCCCAAAUUUGUCAAGGUGCUCCAGAGGACUUUGCUGAAUGGAAGUGUAUAAAGUACGAGGGAGGACAUCAAAGUGACAUUCUGAGCUCCGUUGAGCCAAUGGAUGUUAGGGUCUUUUUCGAGCUUGUGAACAAGAUCCGAGCGGCUGAAAAGUGUGUGAGAAAGGCAGUAGUAGAGAAGGGAAAUCAGAGGAUGCCUGAACUCAAGGGACGAAUUUUACACUUUUAA